AUGGUGACAAGGUUGCUUUCAAGCCCUGAUACUAAAGUGGUUCAUAUUUGCAUGAGUGGUUCGUAUCCGGAGGAUCAUCUACAGAACGUGCUAAAAUCAUUAUCUUUUGGUGACGAAAAAAAGAAGUUACCAUUGGAUGACAAGACAAAGAAUACUAUUUUAGAUAGUAUUUGGCUGGCUUACCCUGACGAUCUGAAUGAGUCGUACGAACAAUUGGAGAAACUUCAAGAAGAGAAUUCAGCGGGUCUCUCAAAACUGAUGAUUGUUAUUCAAGAUUUGGAUGAUAUGGCUGAGUUAUACGCCUUCAGAGAUUUCACAUCAGCCUGUGCUACAUUGAUGAAUUUCAUGCUUAAAUUAAGAAAAAUCAGUCAACUGGGAGCUACGGUCAUAGUUACUAAUAUCAAUCAUGACUCUGGAGUGUCUAUGAUAUUCUCCUACAUAGCCAAGUUUUACGACAAUAAACUAACGUUCAGCUUUCACAAAGGCUCAAUACUUUUAGAGAUACGUCCUCUAACGAUAUCAACCGAACUUCAGCUCAGCACUACUACACUCUCUAUCAACCCACAAACGAUGUACCACAUGCUUUUCCCCAGCUCUGAAAAUGCCCUUAUCAGCACGUGA